AUGGGUUCCUUGGCAUUCUGGUUCUUGCUCUUGCAAAGCCUAGUCCACUACCUGCAGCCCGUGGGUGAUGGUUUGGACGAGGCGAUGCGUCUGCGCAUGGAGGCGCGUGCGAUGAGCCAGGAAGUGGAGAGGAUUCUUCUGGAGUGGGAAGUGGAGCAGCUCACCCUGAAGCAGAGUAGAGGGGCCUGGCGAGAGCUGCUCUGGUCUGCCUUGCAGCACUGGCAGAUCUGGGCCAUUGCUGGGCUCCUGCUCCUUCUCUCGGCCCUAUGGUUUUUCUGGAGGAAAAGAAGCCGUCAGGCACAGAUCAGUGUGGAGGAGGAGGAGGAGGAGGAAAAGGAGAAGGAGGAAGAGGAAGACGAAGAGGAAGGGGACCAGACAUGGGAAUAUGAUCUGAGAUGGCUUCUAGAGGAGCGUAUACAGUGGCCUGUACAGGACCUGCAGACAGGCUGCAGGAGGACAACGGCCCUGAUGGACAACUUCAUAACUGUCCUCAGGCGUGCCUUGAAUGGCACUUUCUUGCCGGUGCUGCAACGAGCCAUCGGAGUGGGCAGUGCCUUUGAAGGUUGGACAGCCCGUGAGGAGGAAGUUGUGUACCGCGUGCUCGUGCCCAUGACUCCUCCCCGAGGGCACACCUUCCACCUGGAGCAUGACACUGAGGAGCAGAGGCCCGGCAGGAACUUCCGUGUCCGUGUGCAGCUGGAGUGCAGCUGCCCGAGGGAGCAGCAGGGUGCGAACCUGCUGUGCUUCCUGCACCACCCCGAGGAGGUUAGGAGGAGGAGUCGGCAGCCCAACCUCCUAGACACCCUGUGCACCGGCGCCUACCUCGACGUGCGGAAAACUGCCCGCUGGUUGUGCCAACUGGUGAGAGCAAAGUGGUGGCGUUUGCCCCAGUCACGCAGCUGGCGUUUAGUGCUGCUGCCCUCCAAACGCUCCUGCAAACUCAGGCUGACCAACGACCAAGGAAGCUUCUGGGUGAAGGUGCUGUUCGGGGUGCGGAAAGGCACCUCAGACAUCUUUGUCAGCAGCCGGCCUCAGGGGGCCCACACCCCAAGCACAAUGUGGCCUGAGACCUACACCGUGGCAGAGACAAAGUUCUUCAGGCACAUGGCCAGGCAGGCCCCCCAGGACAGCUCACACCUCAAAUGCCUGCAGCUCUUGGCCGGUGUUCUUCCGCGCAAGGACUUCUCCAUCUAUUGCGUGAAGACCAUUGUCAUGCGCCUGCUGAACACCGUACCGCUGACACAGUGGCACAGGAGAUAUUUUGUGCUUCAGCUCUCGGAUAUCCUGGAGCAGCUGCGCUUAUCCCUGGAAGAGAAACACCUUUUGCAUUUUAUUGUGGGCAACCAGAGGCUUCCAGAGGAGAUCAGUCUGCCCCCAGACGUACGAAUGGCUGAGCCACACAACCUCCUCCGCUACCUGGCGCAGGAUCCGGCCGCCCAUUCCCAGGCAAUGGAGGCCUACCUCGAUCUGCGCCAGUGCCUGGCAAGAGUGCUGGCCUAUGGCCAUUUUUAG